UGUAACGAGCAGGAGCACUUUAUGUUCCUCAAGUUCCCUGUUUUGUGCCUUCCGUUUAACGUUAGCUUGAUGUGUUUUGUAAACUGCCACCUAAAUGAAACCGCCUGCCUUUAAAAGGACCGUUUGACGUGCUGUCGUCAUUUAGAAAGCGUUCAUGUUAGUUAGCUGAGAGAAAAACUCCGUUUCAAAAUGCGGAAUGACUCUCUUCUGUCCAGUAUUAACGUGGUCCUUGUUAUGGCCUACGGAAGUCUGGUGUUUGUUUUGCUGUUCAUCUUUGUCAAAAGACAAAUUAUGCGAUUUGCUAUGAAGUCUCGGAGAGGACCACAUGUUCCCCUUGGCCACAAUGCUCCUAAGGAGCUAAAACAAGAAAUUGAAGCCAAACUGUGCGAGGUCCAGAAAAUCCACUUUGAACCUCGUCUGCUGUCCCCAGAUGAUGACCGGCUAGAGCACAGAGAACAGUGUGGUUCCUAUGACUACCUGUACAGGAUGAGAGCACUGGAUGCCAUCAGAGACACUGAUCUCCCUUUUCGUGAGCUGGGCGGGACGUCCACCGCUGUGACGGGUAAAAGACUUCGGACCUGGCUUCUGCAGUUGCGAAAUUCUCAAUGCAUGUUCCGAGACAGUCUGAGCUCCCUCGUCGACACGGUGCUGGACGGGUACAAUAAAGCACGGCACGGGGCAGAGACGUUUGGUGAAGCAGAAUUUUUAAAAUACCAGGAAGCUCUAACUGAGCUGGCCUCCGUUGUCAAGUCUCAGAGCAGCAGCGGCAGUUCUCCCAGCCGACACCACCAGUCUGCAGCAAAAGAUCUGACCAGCACCACGGAGCCUGCGAGCUCUUCCUCCUCCUCCCCCACCCAAACCACCUACCUCACAUCUACAACGCAGCAGCGCAGCAAGCGGCCCAGACACUUCCUGGAGCUGAAGAACUUCAAAGACAACUACAACACUCUGGACAGUUCGUUCUGAACAUGUGUGACGCCCGUCCAAAAGAACAAGGUAGUGCUGCAACUGAUUAAAGUGCCUAUGGACGGCCACGGGUCACUGUCGCCACAUAGUCUAGAGUGAAAUGAUAAAAACACUGCCUUCAUAUAUUAACACAUAUUGCCUGGUUUACAGUAAAGUGCAUAUCAGACUACUGGCACAGUGCUUUUUGCCUAAGUGUAGAUUAUACGUAUAUCCUGUAUUAAUGCAUGUAGGAGUGCUUUGAUUGGAUAGAGAAAUGACUAUAGUAAGUGACUAUGGUAAGUAGGGUUGAUUUGACCAAAACAAAACCAGAGUUAUUGGGCUAUGCAAUGGCAUAAGACAAUCAGUAUUUAUUGCACAAUGUAAAGGCCUAUGCAGACUUGUUACAAUUUACCAACUGUAUUUAAACAUGCUAAUAGCCAACAAUGAUUGUAGAGAAAACCAGUGUUGAAGGUAUGCUAUGCAGGAUUUUCAUUAAAAGAAAAAAUGUGUAGAAUCAAAAGUAUUCCCUCUCAAUCGUCAGGUAUGACCCACCUGAGGUGUGUGGUGGUGUAUCUGUCUGCAGAGACCCUGCCCUCUGCCUGUAUUUUUCUCUUAUUUUGCUGGGACAUUUCUGGGCUGCAGCCUUUGGCAGUGAGUGUGUAGCCCCCAUCCAAAAACAGCAUGCAGGUGAGGUCGGGACUUUAUAAGAAGGCUGCCAAAGCACCACCGACUGUUUGUUUACAAGCAGUAACCAACAGUUCCUGCAUAGCAUACCUUAAAUGGUUGCCUCACACUGAGAAAAACUCAGUUUUGUCACUUAUGUUUACGUCUUAUGCACUGUAUGUGUCUCUCAGUGAAUUUGACAGCCUGUUUGGUUUUGUUGUUUUUGAGCCUCAAAUGUUUGUUUUACAGAAGCCAUACUUGAUUUAAUGAAUUUUGAUCAUCAAGUGCUCUUUUCAGCAAUUUUUUCAGUGCAAUGUAAUUUAACAGUAUUUCAGUGCAUCAAUGCAUUCUGAAUGUGAGGUGUUGCAUCGCGGGUACGUCUCUUUCUUGACUUUUGUCUUUUUGUGUUUCACUUGGUAUCCAGGAGUCUCACGGAGGUAUUUUCAUGCCUGAAUAAUUUUAUUGUCUGCGGUGCUUAUUGUACAAGACGCCAUCCAAAUAAAACAGUAAC